AUGGUUUUGGAAAAUAACUCUAAUGUCAUUAUCAUGAUAACCAGAGAGAGCGAAGGUGGGACUGUCAAAUGCCAUCAUUACUGGCCCAUGUCUUUGAAGAAGCCUUUGGAACUGAAAAGCUGUCGUAUCUUCCUGGAGAACUACCAGAUACUUCAACAUUUCAUUGUUCGAGUACUUCGAGUUGUGACGAAGUCUUUCAACAUCAAAAAUAUAGUGGCUCAAAUGAGAGAGCAGCGCUGUGGCAUGGUUCAGACAAAGGAGCAGUAUUGCUUUUGCUACACAGUUGUGCUUGCGGUUCUGCAGAAGCUUGUGACUUUGGACUGA